GGCUGCCUCUCCGGUCUCACGCACUUUUACCUCAUUGGCUCUGAGGCACCGCUCGCGGAGCUUUACGGCAGUGUGGCUGGAGCGGCUGCUGAGUGGCCGGUGGUCUAGGCGUGAGUGGAAAGAAGCCGGAGUACCCAGUGUUGAGUUGGCCGGGAAGCAUGGAUGUGGGAGAACUUCUCAGCUACCAGCCCAACAGGGGCACAAAACGUCCCCGGGAUGAUGAGGAGGAGGAGUUGAAAACACGCCGGAAACAAGCAGGUCCUCGAGAACGUGGCCGCUAUCGGGAGGAGGAAGCAACUGUUGAAGAAGGAGACGAUGACAAAAAAAGGCUGCUCCAGGUUAUUGACAGACAGGGCGAGGAGGAAGAGGAGGAGCAGAUCUUCACUGGGUACCUGCUGUGUGCCAGACACUGGAGAAUCAGCAGUGAACAAGAGGAACCACUGGAUGAGAGCUCAGUGAAGAAAAUGAUCCUCACAUUUGAAAAGAGAUCAUACAAAAACCAAGAACUGCGGAUCAAGUUUCCAGACAAUCCAGAGAAGUUCAUGGAAUCUGAGCUGGACCUAAAUGACAUCAUUCAGGAGAUGCAUGUGGUGGCCACCAUGCCAGACCUAUACCACCUUCUGGUGGAGCUGAGUGCUGUGCAGUCACUUCUCGGGUUGCUGGGACAUGAUAAUACAGAUGUGUCCAUAGCUGUGGUUGAUUUGCUUCAGGAACUGACAGACAUAGACACCCUCCAUGAGAGUGAAGAGGGAGCAGAGGUUCUCAUCGAUGCUCUGGUGGAUGGGCAGGUGGUAGCAUUGCUGGUACAGAAUCUGGAGCGCCUGGAUGAGUCUGUGCGGGAGGAGGCAGAUGGUGUCCAUAACACUUUGGCUAUUGUGGAGAACAUGGCUGAGUUCCGGCCUGAGGUCUGUACAGAGGCUGCCCAGCAGGGGCUCCUGCAGUGGCUGUUGAAGAGGCUGAAGGCAAAGAUGCCUUUUGAUGCCAACAAACUGUAUUGCAGUGAAGUGCUGGCCAUAUUGCUCCAGGACAAUGAUGAAAACAGGGAAUUGCUUGGGGAGCUGGAUGGAAUCGAUGUGCUUCUUCAGCAGUUAUCUGUGUUUAAAAGACACAAUCCCAGCACAGCUGAGGAGCAGGAGAUGAUGGAGAAUCUGUUUGAUUCCCUGUGUUCCUGCCUGAUGCUCAGCUCCAAUCGUGAGCGCUUCCUGAAGGGUGAGGGCCUUCAGCUGAUGAAUCUCAUGCUCAGGGAGAAGAAGAUCUCUAGGAGCAGUGCCCUAAAAGUGCUGGACCAUGCUAUGAUUGGGCCUGAGGGCACAGACAAUUGCCAUAAAUUUGUGGACAUUCUUGGCUUACGAACCAUCUUUCCCCUCUUCAUGAAGUCUCCCAGGAAGAUCAAAAAAGUGGGAACCACAGAGAAGGAACAUGAAGAGCAUGUCUGUUCGAUCCUGGCUUCCCUCCUGCGCAACCUGAGAGGGCAGCAGCGGACCCGGCUCCUGAAUAAAUUCACGGAAAAUGACAGUGAGAAGGUUGACAGACUAAUGGAGUUGCAUUUUAAAUACCUGGGUGCAAUGCAGGUGGCUGACAAGAAGAUUGAAGGGGAAAAACAUGAUGUAGUCCGGCGUGGAGAGAUCAUAGACAAUGACAUGGAGGAUGAGUUCUAUCUCCGGCGUUUGGAUGCAGGGCUCUUCGUUCUCCAGCACAUCUGCUACAUCAUGGCUGAGAUCUGCAAUGCCAAUGUCCCCCAGAUUCGCCAGCGAGUUCACCAGAUCCUAAACAUGCGAGGAAGCUCUAUCAAGAUCGUCAGGCACAUCAUCAAGGAAUAUGCAGAGAACAUCGGGGAUGGCCGGAGCCCCGAGUUUCGGGAGACAGAACAGAAGCGCAUCCUGGGCUUGCUGGAGAACUUCUAGAGCCUUCAGCUGAGCAUUGAGGACCCUCUGCUCCCUCCCACAAACCACUUUUACACAGCUGUGUGACUUUCAACAGAUUAAAACUAGUUUUGUAUCCCUGG